AUGGAUAGAACAGACAUCGUAGCACUCGCAAAAAAUAUCCUCCGUAUGACUAGUACCCUUGCUACGCAUAUCAGUAUCCCGGAUGUGAAUCCAUGCUCAUUAUGUGGAAAAGAGAUUUAUUCACUCGCAUCGAACCCAUUAUACAAAGAAUUUACCCUAGCUUCGUGUGGACACAUCUUUCACCAGAAGUGUCUCGAAAGAUAUCUGAUGAAUGGAGAAGCGAUUUGUCCGAAUAAGAAGUGUAACAAACCACAGGCUUCAAAAGAAAAAAAGCAGUCUUUUAAUCAGAAAGCAGUGCAGAUAUCACAUAAUAAAGACAACAUACAGGCUAAUGCUUCUAACUUCGAGCAAUUGCGAGAAGGUGGGCCAGUGGAUUCGGGAGAUCAAACGCAAGUGGACGAGGGCGCUGAUGUAAUUCUUAUGAACGAACUAGGGAUAUUAGGCGGAGAGGAACAAAGUUCGUCCAAGACUACUGACCAGGCAUCAAGUUUUAUUGAGACUGCUAAGGAAACUGCUGACCUGACAAGAUCUGUGGAAAACACUAGCUCUGCAUCCAAUAAUCCAGAAAUUCUCAACGAAAAUUCUUCAACGACUGAAGCCCUUACAUUGCAGGACAUUCCAAUGGAUGAUGUAGUAAAUAAGAACACACCGCAGAUCCAAUGCCCUAUAUGCGAGAAAUGCUUCGAAGAAAUCUAUAGAUUUCCAGAAAGAUGUCCUACCUGUACUUCAGCCGAUGAUAUGGAAACUGAUGAUUUGGAAAUCCCAGGUCCGAGUGAUUCACAAAAAAACGUUUUAGAAAGGUUACCAAAGAAAGAUAAUCCUAAGCGUACUGCUCAGGCAUUGGUUAAUAAUGAAGUUCGUAAACAACUCCCUGACACUGUAAGUGAUGACGCACUUAGGAAGAAAAAAGAAAGGGCUCUGAAAAUUUUUGGGCUAUUCAAUGAAAUCGGUGAAGAUAAAAUUCAGAGGAUUAAAUUCUUUACCGUAUCGGCAAUAUCAAAAUUAGGCCAAGACGAAAUUGACAAAAUAUUGAUUAGGUUUGCAUCCGUAGGAAGAUAG